AACAUCCUCCCUGCAUCUACCCUGUCCAGUUCUGUUAGAAUUUUAUAAAUCUCUAUGUGAUUCCCCCCUCAUUCGACUGAACUCCAGCGAAACCAAUCCCAAAUUAGUCAAUCUCUCCUCGUACGUCAGACCCGUCAUCCCUGGAAUCAACCUGGUAAAUCUUCGCUGCCCUCCCAUGAGAGCAAGAAAAUCCUUCCUCAGAAAAGGAGACCAAAACUGUGCACAGUAUUUGAGGUGUGGCCUCGCCAAGGCCCUGUACACCACCUCCCAUCAAAAUUCCCCUCCUCUCUCACUCUUUCUCAUCCCCUUCUCCCCACCCCAUCACCUACCCCCUUCCCCUUUCCUUCGUAAGAUUUAUAAAUCUUAUUCAGGUUUUUUUUUAAUAGAACAGUGCCUUAAAUAAGAUACUAACUGGAGGCGUAGGAUGCUGUGAGUGUUCUGCAUCUGAAAAUUGUUCAGAUGAACUCCAAUCCAGCUGCUGUUAAGUGUACACUUUUGUCAGUUGACUGUGCAUGUGAAGUUUCAGAUCAAGCAAACUGGCAGUCCUGAUUGUUUAGUGUGUGAAUGUGUUGUAUGGUACUACACUUUCCUUAUUCAAUUGUUGAUCUGCACAGGGAGCAAUGUGCUACAGCUGGUUCCUGUGCCCAUUGGACUGAAGUCAGUCAAAAUGCCAGCUUCUCCUAUCUAAGAACACCUGGUGGAAGAACAGUGUAGCUGAUCACGAACGUCAGAUUUGGCUAUGAUACUACUCAAAAUCAAAUAGCACCAUUUGUGUGGGAACAUAUGAGAAUUCCUAAUUGACCAAAAUACCACCGGUUUGCCAGAAUCUGUCAUGGACUACCAUCUUCAUGAGAUAAAGUGAUAAGAUGGAAAAAAUAAACAUCUGAACAUGUAAAGGAUACUACAGUGUACAUAUUGUUGAGCAGUGUUACUAUGGUACCAACAGUAUCCUCUCUUGCCUUUAUUACUCUGUAGGGCUAUUCGAAAGCAGAUUCAAUGUGAAGAAAGACAUAGGUUCAGAAUAUUUGAGGGACGUUCUUGGGAUGUAUGGUACAAAAUGACGCAAAUACAACCUAGCUGCUGUUGACCACAUCCUACUGGUUCUGUCUGGCAAAGGAGGAGUUGGGAAAAGUACCAUAACAACAGAGUUAGCACUUGCACUGAGAAGUGCGGGGAAAAGGGUAAGACAAAAUAAACGUCAACAAAAGUGGUGAAUAUUCUCCUGAUGUUCAACAAAAAAGUUGGAAUUCUCGACAUUGAUCUGUGUGGUCCUAGCAUCCCUCGGAUGCUGAAUGUUCUGAAUAGUGCUGUACAUCAAUGCGAUGCUGGUUGGGUACCAGUUUAUGUAGACAAAGAUAAAACAAUGUGCAUAAUGUCAAUAGGCUUUCUCUUGGAGACUCCAGAUGAUGCUGUGAUAUGGAGGGGUCCAAAAAAAACUGCUCUAAUCAAGCAGUUUAUUUCUGAUGUGGCCUGGGGAGAGCUUGACUAUCUCAUUGUUGACACUCCGCCUGGGACGUCUGAUGAACACAUCUCGGUGGUGGAAUGUCUUCGUCAGCAUAAACCUGAUGGAGCUCUGUUGGUUACAACCCCACAGGCAGUGUCUAUUGGAGAUGUAAGAAGAGAAUUGACAUUCUGCAAAAAAACUGGAUUGCCAGUGGUAGGAAUAAUUGAAAACAUGAGUGGCUUUGUUUGUCCUAACUGUUCAGAAUGCACCAAUGUAUUUUCCAAGGGAGGAGGUGAAGCACUUGCUGAGCAGUCUAGUGUUCCAUUUUUAGGGUGCGUUCCUCUAGAUCCUCAACUGUCACAUAGUCUGGAGGAAGGUCGAAAUUUCAUCCAAGCCUUUCCAAAGAGUGCAACCUUUGAGGCUAUUAAUAACAUAGUGGAGAAAAUUUUAAGCAACAAUAAUCAAUCUACAGCACUUCAUACAUGAGGUCAUUCUUGUAUUUUCAUAUUGAACUGCUGAGUUGGAGGAUCACAGAACAGCAGCAUAAAGAACUCUUACUCUUGGAAUAUAAGAAUAAAAUAAUUCAUGUUUCUUCCAGAGAUGGAAACAAUUUUGAAUAUUGGACCAAUAAUGCCUUUUGUUGUAAUUAUAUUAAAUCAUUUGUACCCAGUUAUUUUUGUGAACACGCUAGAACACUCUCCACAUGUUGAGCUUAAAAUUAAAUAUAUUUCCAAUGCCAGACAUUCUGUUCUAGAUGUUAAUGUGAUGUUGUAUUGAGUGGCUGAUUUAGGAGGUCACCUGUUCUUACUAUUUACAACUCCUUGAGGUGGGAACACUCUGCAGAAAGUACUCCAUCCUCAAGGCUAACUCAAUUUGUGCAAUAUAGAGUUUAAAAAAAACUAAACUUUGGGAAUUGGGGGGAGAAAAGUUUGGAAUCGGUCAAAGAUAUGAAAUAGUUUAAAAUUGCAAUAAUUAAUUUCAUAAACUAAAACUAUGAUCUUACUAGAAUCUAUAUAGAAAUAGUUCAUAGUUGAUUUGACUGCUCUAUGUAUCUGUUUAUUAAGGAUGCCAUCUGUAGCUAGGAUGUUCACUUUUGGUGAGCAUUAUGAUCUGUAAACUUAUUUUAAAACUUUUACUUUUAUUUUAUUAAAGAAACUCCUUACUAUAAUCAUAAA